GGAGCUGAGUCUGUAUUGUAGCUACCUCUCUGCAGGUAUAAACCCUGAUCUAUAGAGCCUGUGGAUUCACUGUAGCCUUGUGUGGAGGCCUGAGACUGAGACCUAUCCAUCUCCAUUCUGUCUCUGAAAAAAACAGGAAGAAAAAAAUGGCCCAUGGGGAGAACCAGGAUGAGAGACCCUCAGAACAGGAGGAAGAGAUGAGAGAGGAGACCUUCCUCAAAGACUUCCAUCUGUACAUGAAGAAGAGAGAUACACCCAUAGAGAAAAUACCACACCUGGGCUUCAAACAGAUCGAUCUGUUCAUGAUGUACAAGACUGUGAAAAGCUUGGGUGGCUACCACCAGGUGACGGCCCAGCAGAUUUGGAAGCAGGUAUACAACACCCUGGGAGGAAACCCCAGAAGUACCAGUGCAGCCACCUGCACCCGUAGACACUACGAGAAGCUGCUUCUGCCGUAUGAGUGUCACAUAAGAGGAGAAGACUACAUGGAGGUCCUGCCACAGUGCCAGCAGAAGCGUUUACAUGACAGUAGGCUCAGUGAGGAGGACGAGUGCCCCAGGACAGCCAAGCAUAGCAUGACAUAUGGACCUCUACAGACAUCCCUGCACCAGAACCCCUAUAACUUCCUGACAGACUCCAGAGUGAGGAUCAUCCCUAUGCCUGUACACUACCGUCAGUACUACCACCACCCCGUCCACCCCGUCCACCCAGAUCUGCUCCCCUACGUCCACCCACCUCUGACCACCAGCAGCCAUCCCAGCAGCCUCCCCUCCCCUCAAGGACAGACAGAGAGGGCAGAGCAGCCUCUGGAGCGCCUGCGCUUCCUGGCCAACCAGUACAAGGACUCCUCAAGCUGGACUGUGCCACUCAACCUCAGUCGCAAGAGAGCUGGUCUGGAGUCAGGCGGUCGCCCUGCUUCAUCCUUCACCCCUCCUCCCUCAAACAAAUCCCCAAAGUUCUUGAAUACGGCCUCACCUCUGUACCCCGCCAAGGGGCUGGUUAAAGAGGAGGGCUGUGAGAUGCCGGAGGUGGAGGUGCCCCUGGGGAAAACCUACUUCUACCCCUUGGCGACCAGAGACGGCUCUGUCAUCGACCUCACUUCCUCCUCCUCUGGCGGUUCCUCCCGCAGCCCAACCCCAGCCUCCGGCCCACCCAUGAAGAAAAAGCCCCCCGUCCCCUCUCCGCUGCAGAGUCGCAGGGACAGUGCCCCAUCCAUGGUCCACGUCCCCAAACCCCAGAAGAGAGAGUACCCAGAUUGGCCCAGGGGGGAGUGGAAAGGGGAAAGCCCCAAGCACAGUCCGGGGCCUCUCAAUUUUAGCCGCGCUCUGCCCAGUACCCCCAGAGGGACAGGGGGAAGGAUGGAGAUCCAGAUCCCGCUGGCGCUGCUCCAUGACUGGGUAAAAGGAGGCCUGCUGUGUGGGCCUGCUGGCGCCCGGCCUGGGGAUCAAUCCCUGCAGGGUCCAACCAUGGGCCAGACCCCAGGCUCAGAUCAGGUCUUCCACAGCCAUCACAAAGACCAGGACAGGGGUUAUGGGGAUCUGAGAGAGAGGAGUCUGGAAAGGCACAGGAACCUGCCUAGCCCCACCACCACCACCUCUCCUAGUACCAGUCACCGCCACCCCAUGACGCCCUACCAGUUCUCCAGCUACAAGCCUCAGCCGUCAGGGAGCAUUCUCCGUAACCAGGACAGCUGGGACUUGGAUCCCCGGGAGGACACCAGGAGGCCCUACCACCCGAAACUCAUGCAACCCCAGGAUCUAUGGGACAGAGCCCAGCCAAUCCCCUUAAAGAUCCACCCCAGCAGCCAGGCUCUAGAGCAGGAUGGUGUAGGCCACACAUCCCUAGCCUAUUGUCCAGGCACAUCCCUGGGAAGGGUGGAGAACCCUGGGAUGGCUCUGAUGGUGAACCCCUCAUCUCCCUCUCUGGUGCCACUGACACCUGAGGAGUUCAUUAAGUUAAAGAGGCUCAUCUCAAGCUCCUCGUGAAUAGAAUGGAACAGCAGGACCACAACCUGCUAAUUAAUAUAAGAUAUGAUGCACUCUGGACGAAAAGCUGUUACAUGACAUUGGACACUUGAAAAGCCCUCAUUACUGUUCAAAAUCAAGAGACAAUGUAGCACUACUGUUGACUAACUUUUUAAGUACUUCAGAAUAUGAAUUUAGUCUUUUAAUCUUCUGUGUUUUUAUCCUUUGAAGCUUGCUUACAAUUUAUUGUGCACUGGAGUGAAAAUUAUAAUUUUUGCCUUCAUCUCAGGGGUUUGUUUUAAACAUGAAGUAGCAUUGAAAGAAAUAAUGUAGCCUGAUAAUAACAGUAAAAAAGCUUGACACUAAUUAUACAAGUUUACCACCCAGACAGCAAAGGGACAUUUUGUUGAGUUCUACUUGUAAUUUUGUUGAGAAUUGUUGAGAAUUGUUGUUAAGCCAGUCAUUCGUUUUGGAGGAGAAACAAUUAUAUAAAAAUA